ACAUGACAUUGACAUUGAUUUAUUUUGACCCAAAAAUUCAAUUUCAAAAAAUAAUUUUGAAAUUUAUUAAAUUAUCUAAUUUCUAAAGCAUAUUGAACAUUGAACACUAUGUUCCUUCAAAAACUACUUCGUACAGAAAUUUAUUUCAGCCAUAGGCUUUUAACGAGGGCAAAUUCAUCAUGGGACAUCGUUACAAGUGUCUGCGUGGAGAGACUGCCUGUAGUAACACCACCUUUAAAUGAAAUGCAAAAGAAAUAUAAGGAUUUUCUUUGGUCAAUAGAAGUUGAAAAUAGCCUCAAAUCUGAUCAUGAACUAAGACAAGAAAGUGACAAAAAACAUGCAGAACUUCUUAAAAAUGAAUCAAUUGAAGUUGAUAUUGAUACUAUAAGCAAAGUUACAGCUCAAGAUUUUGAAGAUGCUUCAAAUGAAGAAUUGGCCAAAUUUCAGUUUGCUAGUAUUGAAACAGAAGCAGAUAAAAAAGGUGACAAAACAACACAUGAUAGAUGUCUGCAACGGCAUUUAGUACUGGUCACUGAUCAAAAAUUAGGAGCUGAUGUUAAAACCGUUUUGCCACAGGGCAAGUGGGAGGAGGGAGAAACAUUAAGACAGACUGCGGAAAGAGUUCUUCGAGAGAGAUGUGGAACAGAAUUAAAAGUGAACUUCCUCUCCAAUGCUCCAUGUGGAUUCUAUAAAUACAAAUAUCCCUCAGAAAUUAAUGGAAAAAUUGGUGCCAAGGUCUUCUUCUAUUACGCAAAUUAUAAAGACGGCGAUGUCAGCAGUAAAACGAGAUCCAGUUGGUUAACAAGAACGGAGCUAAAGGAAUUGUUACCAGUGAAAUAUAAUAAGUCAGUACAAGAUUUUCUCUUACAAGAAACUUAUUAGUUAAUGUAUUGCUGUAUUAGAAACUCGUAGUUAAGUAAAAUAAAUUGAAUAGUUAUUA